CUGCCUUCGGUAUUGUAUUGGCUUUUUCCUUUUCCUUUUACUUCCUUGGGACUUUAGCCGGCACUUGUAAAUGAGCGACCUGCUGAACUUGGGGUGAAGUUUACCUUUUGCUACAUAUAUAUGACACGGUUGGUAGGUUUAGUUGAAGACUUUUAACAAGUCUUCCGCUUGAAAUGUUCAUUCCAGUGCCUGGCUGUAAUUCAGUCCCAGCGCUUCCCACGUAAAGCUUCUCUAUGGAGGAUGGAGGACUCGCCAGUGAUUCCUCGGAAGUGCGAGUUGAAUAUGAUUCCCCACAGAGGAGCCCAGCGCCGCACUUCAGAGUGUACAAGAGAAGAUGGUUCAUGUUACUGGUCCUUUGCUUGCUUAACUGCUCUAAUUCAGUGCAAUGGCUGACUUUUGCCCCAAUAGCAGAUCAGACAGCGGAGAAUCUGCAUGUUACACUGGAACUGGUCAACUGGCUCUCUCUGGUCUACAUGGUGGUGGCUAUUCCUCUGAGCUUCAUCACCAUAUGGAUGCUGGAUAAACUGGGACUACAGCCAUCCAUGAUCCUGGGCUCAUGGCUGAACAUGGCUGGCAGUGUAAUGAAGGUAGUAGGUGUGCUAAGCUAUCUGCCGGAUUAUACCAUGUUCCCUGUGGUGAUGACGGGACAGACCCUGUGCUCUCUGGCCCAGCCACUGGUAGUCUUCACCCCUACCAAACUGGCAGCUCUGUGGUUCCCUGAGCACCAACGUGCUACGGCUAAUAUGAUUGCAUCCAUGUCAAAUCCCCUUGGGCUGCUUUUUGUUAAUAUCCUCUCUCCAAUGAUCCUCAGUAGAACCAAUAGUCUUUUCAUCCUGCUCCUUAUAUAUGCUAUACCUGCCGUCAUCGUCUGUUUCCUAGCAACAGUGGGCAUCCAGAAGAGCAUUCCCCCAACACCACCUUCUGCCAGUGCAGACACGUCCAGCUCUGAACCUUUCCUACAAGGCAUUAAACUGCUUGUGACAAAUAAAGCCUACCUGAUCCUGCUGGUGUGUUUCGGCUCAGGCAUCGGCAUCUUCACUUGUUUCUCCACACUGCUCGAGCAGAUUCUCUGUGUCAAAGGUUACUCAAAUGACUUUGCAGGGUUGUGUGGUGCUCUCUUCAUCGUAUCCGGGGUGUUUGGAGCUGCUUCCAUCGGUUUUUUUGUGGACAAAACAAAGAUGUUUACAGAAUCCAUCAAAAUCAGCAUGUGCCUAACGUCUUUGGCCUGCACCGCAUUUGCAGUGGUUUCCCAAUUGGCAGAGCAGAAAGUUGUGAUUGGUGUAGUUUGUGCUCUUUUUGGCUUGUUCGGAUUUGCCACCUAUCCAGUUGCCAUGGAGCUGUCAGUCGAGUGCUCUUACCCAGUUGGAGAGGCGACAUCAGCGGGUCUCGUGUUUAUUUCAGGGCAGAUCCAGUCCAUUGUCUACACUGCGCUCUUACCAGCUCUUACAGAGAAACUGACAGACUCAACACUGUCUGUUUGUGCUGCUGGUGAGGAUGCCAAUCUGAACUGGAUGGUGUCCGUGCUGGUGAUGGCUGGAUUGUGUUGCUUAGCUUCCUGCUCCUUCGUCAUCUUCUUCCAUACCCAGUACCGGCGACUCGAUAAAGAAGCUGACGCAGCCGAAAACCACUCCACAGACACCGAGGAAUAACAGCACAGAUGUAUGACUGGACAUAAACUCUCACCAAAGCAUCUAGCAGAAUAUAUGAAAAGCCAGCAACAGAAACCACUGAUGAGUUCCUGUGCACUGUUACUAAAACUUUUACCCCAGUCAACUCAGGCAAUUUUUACAGUCAGAUAUUUGUAAUUUCUAUAUGGUUUUUAACAGGAUGUAUGAUUUAAUUCACCGUCGUUCAGUUACAGUUCGCUAUCCUGGUACUAAAUAAGGCAUUUGCAAGUUUGCACUCUAACAUUAUACUGUUUUUUGUUACAUUUUAAAAAUCAGGUUACAACAUUUUUAUAUAUAUAUAUAUAUAUAAAAAUUUGGGACUGCACAUGUAUGUAAAAGUUCAUGGGACAAGAAUGAAUGUAAAAUAACCACUAUGUCGUCUAUUGAGUAGUUUGGGGGGUGUUUUUGUGUUUUUUGGCAUUUGGUAGUUUAAACUUUAACUGCAGACAGAUUAAUAAAGCCUGGUGAUUAGACCUCUCAAAGAACACUGAUGAACAAAUGACCCCUGUUAAAGAGCACUGCUAUAGACAGUUUGAUACACAUUGUGAAGAACUGGUUAAAAAAAUCUAUAAUGUCAGGAAUUCUGAUGCAUUUGAUCACACAAAUGCUGAUGAAUGCUGUGGACCUUAAAAUAUGCAGUGUUCUAACUGCAGGAUGGUGGGAUAUAAUCACUCUAAACCUCUAAGAAUGAACCUUUUAGUGUAUAGAUUUUUACAUGUACAUUUCGCUUUAGAUUUAAACACGUUCCAUGGAUUCCCUCAGUACACAUUUAUUUCAUGAACACUUUAAAUGUGCAAAGUAUUGUUGCAGUGAUAAUUCUAUAUUUAACAAUAUUUAAUGCAGCUAUCUAUUCUGCCUUCUUAACAAUUUUAAAAUGUCCAACAAAAGAACACUAUGCUUUAAUACUGGCGAGAUGUGACUAAUAUUAAACAUUUGUCCGUGUCA